AGACGCGCUGGCGGAAGUAGUAUGACUGCUCUGUACCUGAGCUGGUAAUGUGUUGCGUUGUGGUUAUGUUGUGUAUAUUAAAGUAACUGCGUGGGAGCAGCUGAAGCCGCGAAAUGCCCACAGGCUGAGGGGGCAGAGCCGGCCAGUGCAUCAUGUCCAGAGUUCAGGUGUUGAGGGCGCUGGUCGCCGAGAGACUGAACUCCGCUGCCGAGGAGAUUUUGAAUGUUGUCGAGAGGAAGAUGCUGCACGCGGCAGAAAUGUCGCCUGAGCAGCAGAGGGCAAUCGUACACAAGCAGCUGUCUGCUGUUGCUGAUGAGAUCUUUAGGAUCCUGGAGAUGAUGAUGAGUGAAUAUGAGGCAGAUGUCUCCCAUUCCCAUGACGACAUCGGCCGACAACGACAGCUGCUGGACAUCACACUGAAAACUGAGACAAACUUACAUACAACAGACAGACUGGCACUCUCUGGGACAGACAUUUCUAGCCGAGUCAAGAAAACAUCAGGUCCUCCACAGUUUAAAGAUGCAGCUACGGAGACAGACUGUGAGUUUAUCCACGGUAAGGCCUCACAACAUAACCAAACACAAAGGGCAGAGAAGGGCACCGAAACUGUGAUGGGCGCAGAGACUCGAGGAGAGCUCUGUGUGCUGCCACCUGGUGACCAGGAGGUUCUGUCAUCUAAAGAUUCAGAGGUGGGGAGUGAAAAAAAUGACAGUGAUGAAGAGCUCAAUGAGAAACUUCUUAAAUCAAACAGAAGAAGCACAUUUCAGAGACAAAGUCAGGGAGCAGAUAGUUGCAAAAUGUGUGGGAGGUGUUUUCACGAAGGUGCUGCUGGGAAGAAAGAGAAAAAACAUACAGGGAAAGUCACUGCAACAGAAAAGAGCCAAACUACUACAGGUCAGAGCUGCUGCAGAGUCUGCGGAAAGUUUUUCCGGUACAAACGCUCUUUUCUGAAACACGUACUGAAGCAUGAGCAAAGCACAGAUCUGUGUGGAGUCUGUGGAAAACAUUUGGGCUCUGAUGAGAGUCUAAAGCUGCAUAUACAAACCCACAACGAGGAAAACAGCUGCAGGGAUCAAACAGAUGACAAAGAGUCAAAGGCAGAGUACUCUGACGCUGAGAGUAAAGUGGGCGACAGUGACGAGGACUGGAAGGAGAGCGAAGGAAGUGACAGUGAUGACGGAGACAGCGAUAAAGAUGAAACCAGAGAAGGAAAAACAAAAAUCCAUGCAUCAAACAAACCUAAGGGACCUAAGAACAAGGACUGUAAGGAUUUAUCUCAUCUGAAAUAUAGCUGUAAAGUCUGCGGCAGGUCUUUCUGCUACAGAGCCUCGUUUUUGAAGCAUGUGCAAGAAGACGAGAGGGACACGGAUCAUUGUGGUGUCUGUGGGAAACAUUUUGAGACUGAGGAGAGCUUGAGGCUUCACUUGCAAACUUACAUCAGAACGAAUGACUGCGAAGUUUGUGGCAAACAUUUUGACGGCCAUAAACAACUGGAGAUGCACAUGAGAACCCACACUGGGGAGAAACCGUACAUCUGCAGCGUCUGUGGCAAGGCCUUCGCCCAAAACGGAAACCUGAUGGGACACAUGAGAGUUCACACAGGAGAGAGGCCGUACGUCUGCAGCGUGUGCGGUCAGAGCUUCAGCUUCAAGGAGUACAUGAUGGCUCACAUGAGAAUCCACACCGGCGAGAAGCCGUUCCUGUGCAGCGUCUGUGGGAAAGGUUUCAGACAGAGGGGGACUCUGAAAACGCACAUGAUGAUCCACACGGGCGAGUCCACUCACCGGUGCAAUGUCUGUGACAAGAAGUUCUACAAGAGCGGUGCGCUGAAAAUCCACAUGAGGUCCCACACAGGAGAGAAGCCGUAUCUGUGCAACGUCUGCGGGAAAAGCUUCACGGCGAGCAGCUCGCUCACCAAACACAUGGGCGUCCAUGAAGGGGAGCAAACGCACCGCUGCAGAGUCUGCGGCAAAGGGUUCCUGAGGACAGAGGAUCUGAAAAGACACGUUCUGACUCACAGGGAUGAGUCCACACAGCUGACAACUCUUUAAUGCUCAGAUUGAUUCUGUCUGUUGAUAAAGGAACAGUUUCUAAAAUUUAUAAAAUGCACUUUGCUCUGUUUCUGAGCUGAAACAAUGCAACAUUUUGAUGGUAGAUUAAUCAUUUGUGAGGAGUUAGUUUUUCUAGGAAAUUGAUAAUUUGGGGGUUUUGUGCUGUUGAUCUGACAAAACAAGACAUUUGAAGAUACCAAGUUACAGGGGAAAAAAUGCUUUUUUCAAAAUUUUCUGACACAGGUUAUGGUGUAUUUAUUGGUACAUUUAUUGCUGUUAUUCUCUCAAUCUUGUUUUUUUGUGGUCCUUGAAAUUAGACUAGACUAAAUUCUAUUAGAAAAUGAAUCUGCCAACUUUUGAUGAUCAAAUUAUCCUUCAAGUCAUUUUUCAAGUAAAAAUAUUUGAGGAGAUUUGACUGUUUAAGCCACUCAAAGUGGAGCAUUUAUUUCUCUUGUCUUGCAGUAUAGCAAACUGAAUAUCUUUGGGUUGUAGAGCUGUUGGUCAAACAAAACAAGACAUUUGAUAACGUCGCUUUCAGCGCCAAUAAAAAUUUUCACUGGGAUUUACAUGUAUUUUUCACAAUUCUCUGAUGUUUUAUAGACCAAACCAAUUAAUCAAGAAAACAAGUGGUAGAUCAGUCAAUUAUGAAAAUAAUCAUAUUUGCUGCCAUAAAAUAUAUAUUUAUAUUUUAUAAACAAAACUGCUAAUUACUUGAUAAUGAAAAUAAUUGUUUGUUGUAGCCAAAAUCUUAAUCUUGUGUCUGUGUGUUAAAUAUGGAACUGGGGUGAGGAUGUGUAUAUCUUAGCUCAGCAUAAAGAUAGGGGGAAACAACUAGCCUGGCUCUGUCUUCUUUGCACAACUGCUGGAAAGAAAGCAAAUUAAUAUAUUUACCUAGAUGUUGAACUAUUCCUUUUAAAUAAGAACAACAUUUUACACUGUGUGCUGAACAAAGGCUGGAUUGAUGAGCAUUUUAUACACAUGGUCUCGUGAUUUGGUAAAAAGUUUAGAAACACUAUUAUUUAUUUAAAAAAAUUACAAUAAUAUGUUCUGCUGUGACUCAUUAUAUGAUCUGUAUUACACUUUAUACUAUAUUAAUGAAGACUUUACUGUAUCACAUGAACCACACAACUUGAAGAAGUCUGUGUACCUUGUGCCUUCUUAAGACUUUUGGCACACUUGCUAAACUCUAAAAGAUCAGAAAUGUUUAUAAUCCUGGUGAUUUUAAUCCACUUUUACGCAGAAUACUGGUUCAGGUGUUGUAUCCGUCCUCAUGUGGGGUGCUUUGUAAAAGCCUGUAUUGAUGCUCUCUGCUCGUAAAUCUUUGCCAGUGGCAUCAGAUUCAACUAUAUCCUAGUUUUCAGCACCUUCAGUGCAACAUUUUCUGAAUCUUCUUUUCACAAAAUGUUGGUUAAAUUAUUUAAUUAUAUAAAAAUAAUGGUUAAAUUAUUGUAUAAUGGGCAGGGUUUCGAAAAUCAAUAAUAUAGCCAUGAAACAAUAUCUGAAAUGUAAAAAGUUGUCGCAAUCGUCACUUAGUAAGUGUUAAAUAUAAUAAAAUAAUUAAUAAUAAUGGAGUGGCAACUCUGUACAUUAAUAAAAAGUAAAUAUAUUCAAAAGAAAGAUUAAGGAAAUUAAGGGAAUCUUUUUAAAGAAAUACAGUGGCAAGAAACUAAUAUCACACAAACAAUUAUAAUCUUUUGUUUCUUUAUUGAAUACAGCCAUUAAAUAUUCACAGUGCUGGUUGAAAAUGUAAGUGAACCCUUGGAUUUAAAAACUGGUUGAACGUCAUUUGGUUUGAUAACCUCAUACGAGAGAUUCCAGUAUUUGCUGAUCAGACCAGCUCAAUGUUCAGGAUGAAGUUUGGACCGUUCUCCUUUAAAGAGCUGCUUCAGCUCAGACAUAUUCUCAGGAUGUCUGGUUUGUAGGUUUCACUGCAGGUCAUUCCACAACAUCUCUACUGGAUUAUGGUCCAGGGCUCUGACUGGACCAUAAUCCAGACGGUGGAUUUUCUUCGUCUGAAGUCAUGCUGUAAUAGAUUUACUUUGAUGUUUAGGGUCACUGUCCUGUAGCAUCACCCAGUUUUCUACUGAGCUUCAGCAGGUGGACAGACACCCUGAUAUUAUCCUGUAGGAUUCCUUUAUAAACUUGAGAAUUAAUUUUCCACUCAAUAAUGUUGAGCUAUCAAGGACCAAUGGCAGCAAAUCACCCCCAAACCAUGAUGCUUCCUCCACCCUGCUUCACCUUUGGGAUGCAGAUGUUGGGAUGUAGUAUGCAGUGCCCUUUACACCACAACCUUUACAACCUUGAGCGUCUGUGUUGAGCUUUUGGAGUCAUCUCAGACGUCCACUUCUAGGGAGAGUAGCCACAGAACUGAAUCUCUCCAUUUAUAGACAGCUUGUCUGACUGUAGACUGAGGAAGAUCUAAACUCUUUGCGGUGACUCUGACCCACUCAGCUUAAUGCUAAUCAAUAUUCUUGAUCAUAAGUCUUCUGAGAUCUCUUUUUUGUGAGGCAUGGUUCACAUCAGCGGAUGUUUAUUGUGAACAGCAAACUCCAAAUGUUGAGAUUUUUUAAAAGUCAAAGAGUCUUUAACCCGCACCUCCAAUCUGGUUUCAUUGAUUGGACUCCAGGUUGGAUAACUCCUGACUCCAGUAAGCUUUUGUUGAUGCCAAUAGACAAGCUCUUCACAUACUUUUUGCAACCUACACUGUAAUAAUUUGAAUGAUAUUUUCAAUAUGCACAACAACAAAACAAUGAGAUGUGUGUUAUUAGUAAAAUAAAAAAAAAUUAAAAAAAAGUGUUUUUUCAUCAUUUUAAUUUGGAUGAAAAUCUGACCAUAUUUAAGGACAAAAUAAAUGGAGGCAAUUCCAAAGGAUUCUCUUACUUUUUCUUGCCACUGUAAAAUGAAAAAUUGAACUAAUGAAUCUGAUCUUAGCAAGAUGUUGAUUAAUUUAAAGCCAAAACGCACAAUGGUAUGUUUAAACUUUAUUUCAUAUAUAACCAGUCUUAACUGAUGUUCAUAGUUUAUUUUGUGUGAUUUACUUUGCAAAUGUUUAGUCUGUGAAGAAGCUUUAGCUCAAACCAAAAUUUGCUGUUUAUAGAUCAUCUCCUUAAUUACAUUCCUUGUGCUGUAAAUACAUCACAUCAUAAAUAAUUAGGCGGUGAUUCACACACAAAUUUUGCCUAAGAUGUUGUAUUUAAUGAUAUAUGUACAUGGUCAUGUCCAUAUGCUCGUAGCAUAUGCUUGUGUCUUUGUCUGAUCAUUUACUAUAAUAAUUUUAUUGAACAACUGUCUGAGGAGCGGUGUUACACAAAAUUACAUGUAAAAAAUAUGAAAUAUUUCUUUUUAAGGCAGUGUUUUUUUUUUUUUUUUCAUUUCUUCUACUUAUAAAAAGGAAAAAUGUACAAAACAGCUUUGUAUAAUGUCACAAUUUUUAUUGUACCUUUAUUUUACAUAAAAUGGUGCUACAGUAUAUUAUUUAAAUUCAUAAAUAAAUUCAGGAAAUCUGUCUUUCUUUUGUCAUUGACUGUUUAAUAUGAAUUUUAUUAGAUUCAAUCUGAGGACAGUGCCUCUCUUCAGAUGUAAAUUAACUGUUUAUCUAAGUCAUGAGGCAUUAAUUUCAUUUAGAUGCAAACCAGUUUACCUCUACCUGGUAAAUAUUAGCAUGUUAGCAUUGUCAUUGUGCUUUGAGCUAAUGCUGCUACGUAGAUUCCGUCUUGUUGAAUAAAUGACUUUGCAAUUUUC